CUCAACGUCAAUUACCUCCAUGAGUGAGAGCGUGAGCCGGCACAGGAUCACCAUAAGGAACGCAAGAUGUUGAUAAUUGUGAACCAUAUGUAUCUGAUAAGUUGCUACAACUACGACAAGUACUACAAGGAGGACUUUUGCUCUUAAGAACACGACAGCAUUAUCUCUAGCUCUACCGAAAAAAACAAGCGACAGCAAGAAAAGAAAGGUAAAACGAAAGUUUAACUUCGUGUGUCAUUAGCAAGCCCUUUUUUUUAGACAACCAUCCAAGAACCUUCUCUUUCAUCAUCAAAAUAUAAUGAUGCGGUUUCUAUGCUCCAUCCUCUUCUCCGCGUGCUGCUUCAUCCCAACAUCCGAUGCAUUUUCGUUUUCCCUCGCCUCGGUCCCGAAGGGGUCUGUGGAGGAGAAGAAGGUGCUGGACAAGCUAGAACAGCAAUUAUGGCCAGCGUUAAUCUUUCUCAGCAUCUCAGUUCCUCGUCUUCCCAUAAAGAAGUACAAGGGAGAAGAAGGCACCGAAAUGAGGGAUCGUUCUCAGCAUCAUCUCGGUAGCCUUUCCCAUAAACUACUUCCUUACAAGGGAAAAAAAUAUAGACUACCGAGUAGGUGAUGGGACUUUUGGGAUAGUAGAUUCCCAAGCACGACAUGAACGCUCUUUCUAAGGCGAGAGAAAAAGAUUGCGGUGGCAGUGAAACGUAUGACCGCACUUGAGAAAAGCAAUGCGGAGAGCAUGGAGAAACGAAAACAGCUUUUUUUCAGCUCGAGCAAAGCAGGGAAUGGUAAGUUAACAUAUUUAUACAUACAGAUGAGCAUGAGUAGGAGGAACCCUCUCAUCAAAUGAAUACGAAUAGGACGAAUCCAUCUGACCUUUUAUGGCAUGAUUGAUUUCCUACUUUCCCAACUACGUACUUUCUUCAUUCCCACCACCAGGAUCCCCUACAAAAGUUGCCGCGAAGCAAGUGUCUUUGGAGAAAAGUAUGCAAGAGUGGGAUGAGAAGAUGGCCCGUUUGAAUCGCAAGUCCAGGAUUGGUGCUGUCAACGUCCUGAGCAAACUCCGCAACGCAAUCCAUUUGGUCAAAAAAGGAGCUUUGACGGUUAAGAAAUGAUUGUUUGUAGAAGUUGCGGGUUUGAGGUUCGCUUUCACUUCUAUUCAGUUCUGGUUCAUAACCACCUUUAAUUGAUGUCAUCUUCUUGUCGUUAUUCUUCUCCAGAAACGAGAAAUUCCCUUCUAACGCUUGCAAGAACAAGGAAGCGAAAGCGCAACUGCAGAAAUUGAUGCAGCACAUGGGACAGAUGGCUGCAUGAGCAAAGCUUACAGUUUUGAGUUUUUCUAGGAAGGUGGAACUGGUGUUGUACAGAGGUGGAAUCAAUGCUGCACAGAACGUAGUCGUACUAGUACGUACUAGAGAGAUGAUGAAUUCUCAUCCUCAUGUUUUUACUGUGAUGGUGGAUGAGCAUCAACAUGUUGAAGAUUUAGCACGACAACUCAGAAAUAACAUAAUAUGACGUUUUGUUUUGUUUUUUCCGAAAAGAGAUUUAUUUUUUAGAAGAUUUAGCUUUUUUUACUCUCUCACCCUCGGCUCCGUCCGACAGAUGAGGUUCCUAUACCUGAAGAAAAGCCGCUUACAGCUGGUGACUCAGUCGAGCACUUCCCUACUGCUCCUGCAAUGGUACUAGAGCGCACACUGACGAACAGAAAGGACAGGCACUCCUGUGCGCUCUUUUUAGGUUGAAAUUGUUUGAGAGGACAGAGAGAGGGAAUUUCUUGAAGAAACGUUGGAAAUGCGAUGACCUCGAGCACAACCAAAAGCAAAUCUUCAAUCAAGCGAACAGCUUUUGCUUACCUAUGUAUCUAUAGAAAACGUAAGUCUAAGUUCUG